GGGGCCUAUACAAUGUAGCUGGUGGAAAGAGCACUGUGAUCGCUAUUAGAUCGUUUCCUCAGGCGGGAAAUUUCUAGGGUUUAUCAUUUUCUAGGGUUCUAGACGAUGAAGAGGCAGCAUCCUCCCGACGACGACGAGGACGGUCGCGGCAAGCCGAAAGCCAGGGAAGAUCAAGCCCAGGCGCUCGACUUGAAUGCGACUCCGCGAGGAUUCGAUCUCAAUGCGCCAUUUUCGGAAGAAGAGGGGCAGGAGUGGAUUGCUGGCAGUGGCCAGGAGGAUGCUUUGCAUCGCGAGAUUUUCAAGCAGCAUCUGGAGCCAGCAGCUGAUUUGGGAAUUGACGAAGAUUUGGAUAUUCUACAUUCGAUUUGGAGCGCGUGGACACAGGAAAAUUGGCAGCGGCUAGACGAGAUUCUGGAGUCUGUGCUUGAUGAAAUCAGCAGAUUUCCAUCCUCGCCUCCGAGAUAUCAGUACCUUACUUGCUUUUACAUUUCCAAAAAGCUGCCAAACGCUUUCUGUCUUCCAAGAACAUACAAGGCUUUGCUUUCCUUCCUUGAUUCAAGUCCAUCUGAGGCUUCUACAAAGAAACAAAACUUUCUACCUGGUUUUUCUUGCAAGCUCUUGUUUCGAGCUUUUAAUGAAAAGCCCGAAUGGCCUUUAGAAUUUGUGCAGGCCUACUUAGACGAUGCGAUCAACUUGCGUAACUGGGUGGACAGUGAGCACUGCAAAGAGUUUGUCGCUAACAUACUUACGUCAUUUGAUGAGGACCUGACAGUGGGCACGGAAGAUCCAUCAGAUGUCAAGGGCGAUACUGCUCAGCAGUGUAGCCUUAAAAACCGAUACCCUGGGGACGAAAUUCGUCAGAAGGCUAAGGCUGAGUUUAUGCAAGCCCUCAAUCAUCUCUUAAAGGUUCCAUUGAUCAAAGAAAAUCCCCGUAUUCUAAGGAUGUUGACACUAGGUGUAAACUACGAAGAAGUUCGGGUCAUUGCAUCAAGCAUGAUGGAGGGCUGGUUGAAUACUCCCUUCCAUUUUCGUCGCGCGAAACUUCUGCUGGAUCGUGUUCUACAUUUUACAAAUGGCACAACAAUGAAAGAUUUUGAAACGGUUGCAAAUAUUUUAUCUCUACGAUUGAAUCAGGGCGUUUCUCAGAUGAAGAAUGCGUCGACCUCGUUUUAUACAGAGCUUGUCAUUCAGAUAGUUCAGAAAAGACCAGAAUACUCGUCUCUGGCAUUAAAGACAUUUCUUACCGCGGAGCUGAAUUCGACGGGCCCCCAUAAUAUGAAAGGCAUUUCAGUUGUUUUAAAGGCUUUGCCGGAUUCGCUUUCUCCGGAGAGAGCUUUGGCGUUAGUGAUCAAGGAAUUGGUUUUAAGUGACGAUCAUGUAGGACGGCUGCAGGAAGCCGUGACCAGGGUUUUGAAGCAACUAAAAGAGAUUAGCCCUUGUCUCUUAUGCCGGGCUCUACUUGAACCCUGGGAUUCUAUAUUGCAGCAGCAGGAUUCAGCCAGGCAGUCAUGGUUCAAGCAGGUGAUAGAGCUAUCAUGCCAUUUUCUGAUUCAAGCGGCUACUCCUUUUUCCUCCGAUGAAAAUUUCUCAUGA